AACGAAUGCUAAAAUUACAGCAUCUAAUAACAGCAGUAAUGAGAUUAAGAAUAAAAAGCUGAUGUACCAUAAUGUUAUAUUAUCCGAAGAAUCAUUCACAGAAAUAAGUAAGGAAAAUUUUAAAUCUAAUAUUGAUAAAUAUUUUGGCGAAAAAGUUAAUGUUAAUAAAAUUGAUCUUAUUGAUUUGACUCAUUGCAAUCAUUCAAAUUCCCUAAAAGAUAUUUCGGUUAUAAAUCUAUCAUGUUCCUCAGUAGAUGAACCUAUAAAUCUAGAAUCAUUUGAUAACAAUUUAACAGAUUCUUUGGAUAAUGGAAAAGAUAUAGGAUAUAAAGAUGAAAUAAAAAUUUAUCCUACUAAAAAUAACACUGCUAAAGACAUUUUGAAACAAACAACUGCAAAUCCAUCAUAUAAUCAAUUAACAUCAAAUAAUUUUAAAUCCGUAAACACACUUUUAAACGAGGACUUAAAAGACGUACAAAUUCUAAUUGAAAAAAUAAUCAAAAUUUUAUCAAUUUCUAAUUUGUCACUACCUGAUAAAGGAUCCAAACUUAAAAUAAAGUUGGCGGAAAUGAGAAACAAAGAAAAAAAUUUAAAAGAAAAGAUUAGUAACCAAAUAACUCAAAAUAUGGACAACAUGAACCACUUUGGAAAUAAAAUAAAAACGAUGGAAAUCGUAAAGUCAGAAAAUAGUAAUUUAUUCAAAAAUCCUUCUUUAGAAUCUGCAAACUUUUUAAUACAACUCUCUGAUCAUGAUUUUAAUAUCGAGUUACAAGCUAUCAAUGAAAAUGAAAGAUCUGCUUUUGAGCGCUUGAUGACUUGCCUAAAAAUGGAAAAAACUAUUUUAAAUGAGAAGGGACAAGAUGAAAAUAGUAAUAAUUGUGACGUUAAAUCAGCAGUCAAAGAAAUAUGUUCUAAAUUAAUUAAAGUUCCUUUAAAACCUCAUCAAAUAACAGCCCUAAUUUGGAUGCUCAAUCGAGAAAAAGUUUGUCUAAAUCCAAAGACUGAAUCUGGGACAGGGGGAAUUUUAGCUGAUGAUAUGGGGUUGGGUAAGACAUUGACCACUAUAGCAUUAAUUCUUGUCUCGCAUUAUAUAGCAAUCAACAAUAUUGAUAUUUUAAAUUAUAAUGCGCGUAACAAUUUAUAUGAAGACCCUUCAGGAUUUCUAGAAUCCAAAUGCCAAGGUAAAAAUAGGUCUGAUCCGACGUUAGUAGUUUGUCCAGCCUCCUUAAUACACCAAUGGGAUGAAGAGAUCAAAAAAUAUUGUGUAAAUCAAUUAAAGGUUUUAAUAUAUCACGGCAAUAAUAGAACUCAAAGGGUCCAUCAUAUUGUUAACCACGACAUAAUUAUUACAACUUUUAGUUUGGCAGGGAGAGAAACAUCAUCUCCAUCUGUAUUAUCCUCAAUUUCCUGGCAAAGAUUGAUAUUAGACGAAGCCCAUGUUAUUAAAAAUCCUAAAUCUCAAACAACUCAAAGUCUUUAUAUUAUAAACUCCCGUUUCCGAUGGGCAUUAACAGGUACACCUAUCCAUAACAAACUCACCGAUAUUUACUCCUUAAUUAGAUUUUUACGUGUAAUACCGUUUGAUAAAUUUAGCACUUGGAAACACUUAUUUGGAGAAAAUACUGAUAAUAAAUCCAAUCGCAACAAUUAUUUGAGCAAUAUUACCUCUAAAAAUAUCGAACGACAAAAAUCUCGGUUACAUUUGUUAUUGAAAGUCAUAUGCUUGAGGAGAAUAAAAAAUCAAAAAAAUGAAUUAGGCGAAGAAAUAAUCCAUUUGCCAACAAAAUCCUAUGAGAUAUACAAACUCGAAUUGUCGCCAAUAGAAAGUAAAAUUUAUGCCAAGAUUUUGCUUCUCUCCCGACGUAUUUAUGAACAAAUGAUACGUGACAAUUUAAACAAGGCUCAACCUUUAUCUACUCGUCGAAGAAAUCAAACAAAUGUUUUAGUGCAUUUACUUAGAAUGAGACAAUGUUGUUGUCAUCCUUCUUUACUCAAAAACACUUUGCAAGAGGCUGAUUUAGAGACCGAAGGAUUAUCACCCAUUUCAAAAUCAGAAAAGAGUGACGUUGACUCAAACUCCCUUUUUACCAUAGACAAUUUAGAGAAGGCACUGGGAACCUUGUCAUUUUGCGAUAAAGCUGCUAACAAUUAUAUAACUCCAAAUAUAAUUAAAUUGGAAGAUAAUUUUGAUUGCGCGCUUGAUCCAUCAUUUAUAAGUACAAAAAUCGGUGCUAUAUUAAAUUUAACUCACUCAUUAAUUAAAAAGACCAUGUCUAUUAAGAACAAGUGCGUAAUAGUUUCUCAGUGGACGUCGUUUUUAAAUCUCCUAGCAAAUAAUUUUAAAUCCAAUGGCGAGAAAAUUUCUUAUCACAUACUGACAGGUAAUAGCACCCCUUUAGAGAGAAUACGAAUGGUCCGCGACUUUAAUGAAAAUCCAUACGGCUCGCCUAUUCUACUUCUAUCGCUAAAGGCCGGGGGAGUUGGUCUAAAUUUAAUCGGCGGUAAUCAUGUUAUAUUUACCGAUCCCCAUUGGAACCCAGCCCUAGAAAAUCAAGCUUGUGAUCGAAUUCACAGAAUGGGACAGUGCCGCCCCGUAUUUGCUCAUAGAUUUGUGUGCCGCAACACUGUCGAAGAACGAAUCAUUGAUUUACAGAACGAUAAAUUAAGGUUGGCCAAAAGUACUCUCGAUACUCCUCAAGGUAAUCAUAGAGAUACACUCGAAAUAAAUAUUGGUGAAAAUAGAGGGUCCAAACUAGGAAUGGAUGAUAUUAAAAAGUUGUUAUGUUGAAAUUAUUUUUAUUACCAGCCAGCUUAUUUGUGAUGUUCCAAACACUAUGCCUACUAUUUUUUAUAUUGGUCUUCAUUUAAAUCAAAAUAUAUAAAUUUAUACAAAAUUAAAAAAUAUUUAUUCUACAACUAGGGUAAUAAA